AUUUCGGAAUCAUCAGCUGCAGUCAAUGGGUCCCAGUUGGAUUCUGUAUCCAAGGGCAAAGAGCCAAGCCCAUCCGCCUCACCUAAGCUCAGCUCCAAGCCAGCUGUCUUCAGCACGGAUCCCACUCAGUCGGUCACGCUGCCCCCACGAAUGCCAGACGACUCCGCUUCAGAGCAGAUGGGAGGAAUAUUAUAUCGGAAGCAGGAAAUGGAAUCCCAUGGCAAAAAGGCAGCUAACAGGUCUUGGCAGACCAUCUAUUGUGUGGUGCAGAAAAACAGCUUUGGGUUCUACAAAGACGGCAAACACGCCACCAACAGCAUCCCCUACCACGGGGAAGCACCUAUCGGCUUGCAGGGCGCGCAGUGCAACGUGGCUCUGGAUUACAAGAAGCGCAAGCAUGUCUUUAAACUCGGAUUAACAGAUGGCAAAGAAUAUUUAUUCCAAGCGAAGGAUGAGGCAGAGAUGAGUACCUGGAUGCGAGUCAUCAAUGCCGCUGCUGCGUCCGCCCUCACCCCGCAAGACCCCGCGGAAGAUCAGCCUGCGCUCAUCAGCAAAGGCAUGACGCGAGCCAUGACGAUGCCAGCCGGGGCCCCGCACAGCGCCUCGGAAGGGACUGUCACCCUGCGUAGCAAAGAGGCCAAGGAGAAGGACCGCGAGAAACGUUUCAGUUUUUUCAAGAAGAACAAAUAAGGAGUCUUCGGUGGGAGAGGGGGCAAGGGGGGGUCUCUGCUGCUGUUGGCGAAAUCUGUACAGGCCUGAGCAGUGAUAUGGGGUGCGGCGAGGGGCUUGAUUCGGCAAGGGGAGCCGGUUGGGGGGUGGGGUUGGGUGUAACCAAAGCGGCCGUGGCUCUUUUCUUAAAAUCCUGCAGAUUGCAUGAAGCAUCUCUGACGUUUACCAGGAAUGCCUUCCGUUCCAGGCCCCCUUCCUUCCCCGUAACAAUAAUAACAACAACAGAAAUCGAAACCAAAACAGGCCACGUCGUCUUGGUCGAAACGGGAGGGCGAACCAGUGGCAAAGACGGUUGUGGCGGCACAAAAGGGUCGGGGGAAGGCCUCCCCAAGGAGCGGGGCAGCAGAUUGUCAGAUGCUGGACAUCUAGUGGGGAGGGCGGAGGCCCGUGGGUCUGGGCAAACAGGCCACAGAAAGAGAGGUGGCACGGGGCUGAUCCCAGACCGGCCUUUUUAACGACGCUGGCCUCUUUGUGGGUUCUGGUAGCAGCGACCCCAAUGAAAGUCCCACAGGUCCAAAAGUCGGGCUUCGGGAGUCGAUUCUACUACCUUGGCUCACUCACUUCCUCCUCCUCCUCCGUCAUCUGUGCUCCAAGGCUGUGAGAUUUUCCCCUCCCCCCCCUCUCUCUCUGCAGGCAAAAUCCCAUUUGGAAAAAAGUUAUCAGUCUAUGCGCCACUUCGGCCCCCCGUGCAGAGCCAAGAGGAGCCUCUUCUCACCUGCCCCCUUUCAAAGUCCCGCCUAUAUACACACUUCACGCAGCACACAGACACCCACCCACCCACCCCUCUAAAAACCAAACCGAGGAUGCGCAACGCAGUGCCGUUCGUCCCCGGAGCUUAAGUACCACUUGUGCGCCUUUAGUUUAGGAGUGCGCCCCCUCCUGUGGGAAAUGAAGCCGGGCCAAGGAUGCUGAGCUUGCCGAGCGCCUUUUUACGGCUCGCGUAGCAGGGUAUGGAGGCGGGAGGGCAGAAACGCUGGGGAGGAUGAUAUACACCCCCCCUGCAGCCGAGUCUUGGGACCUGGCUGGCUGCCCUCCAAAGUUGCCUCGCAGUGCCUAAAAGUUAGGAUCUCUCAGGCGCUCCAGGGUGGGGAUCGUCAGUUAAGAUCCCCGAUGCUUGCUAAGAGGUUCUCGACUAGGAAGCCCGAGCUAGAUCCCUCUCGACCCAGGGAGCAGCAAUCAAUGCCAGCCCCCUCUUUGCUUUAAAAUCCCACCCCCCUGUCCACGCAACACAUGGCGACGCUGUUAUAACCGAUUCUGUUCUGGAUUUGGGGUCCUUUGGGGGCAAAACUUUCCCCGACUCGCACGCUCCAGCCCAGGUGAUGCCAGCUGAGAAAUCGGAAGGCGAGGUUCCAAUGCACUUGGUGGCUCUCUGUGCUUGGGGAGGCUGGUUUCCUAGCCCCCUCCCUCCCUCCCCCCCACGCCCCAGCCUCUAUUCUAUGCAAAAUUCAUUGACCCACACUCACCCCCUUUUGUUAAGUCUCGGAGGGCACCGAGUCCUCGGAGUCAGAACAGAAAAAAACCACCUUCCUACCAGUAAGGAAGAUUGCCAAGUGGUGGAGUUUCCUUUCCUCGGGCAACCUGGGUAGCAUCAUCGCUCCCCAGUCGAUCACCUAAGAGGUUUGAAGGUUGAUCUUUGCCUCCCGUGGCUACGGGCCACAGAUCUCCCCUCUCCCCCAAGCGAGAGAACAGCUUGCAGGGCCUAACAUAGAAAACAGGAGGGCAAAAUCUUUCCCUAGAGCUCUGCUGCAUUGCAAUGAAAUUCUCAUCCAUCCACUGGCGAGCACCCAAGUUGGCACAUUGGGUUGGCUGGACGCCGCUCGCACAGUUGCUUGCCGGGGUCUCCUGGACCGGAGCGUGACACCCCCCCACAUACACACACUCUCUUCUCUUCCUGUCUCCCCGGCCUUGGUCCCUGGACCUGGGUGUGCCUUCCAUUGGUCCUCUGAUGUCUCCCUGCAUUGCCACCUCACCUCUGCAGCUUUGCCUGGCGCAGAGAGCAUCGCCUCUCUUCCCUUCGGGCACAAUUUAGGAUGCCAAAAGCAGCCUUGGCGCACGGAAUGGGGUUGCAGAAAAGACCCAGAGGGACGGCCUGCCUGCCUUCCGAUGCGCAGGAAUGUUGUUUUUCUUUCUUUCUUUUUUUCUUUUCCAUGCUACUUGAGAGGAAAGGGGUGGAGGAGACCCGGCCUACAAGUGAGACACCCUUGCCUUCUUCGGCACGCCCCUCAUGGGCCCCCAGCAGUAUUCUCUGUGCUUGUUGGGGACUAUUAUCCAUGUGUUUGCAGUGACAUCUGUUCCAAUAUUUUUUCUUUUGGAGAAAUAAAAAGAA